AUGCCGCCGUGGGGCGCCGCCCUCGCCCUGCUCCUGGCCGCGCUCGCCCUGCUUGGCCUGCUCGCUCCGCGGCUGCGGCGCCCCGGGAGGCGCGCCGUCGGAGCGAGGACCCCUCCGGGGGCCCGGGUCCAGGACCACGCGGAGGAGGGGGACGGCGGAGGGCCCGCAGACCGGUUUGACGACGGGCGUGAGCCGCUGCCCGGCGGGUGCAGGCUCAUCUGUAAGCCGUCGGCGCUGGCCCAGUGCCUGCUGCGCGCCUUGCGACGCUCGGCAGCGCUGGAGCCGGGCCCGCGCUCCUGGCUGUCUGGGCCCCACCUGCAGACCCUCUGCCACUUCGUGCUGCCCGUGGGGCCCGGGCCUGAGCUGGCCCGGGAGUACCUGCAGUUGGCGGACGACGGGCUGGUGGCCCUCGACUGGGUCGUAGGACCUUGCGCCCGGGGCCGCCGGGUCACCAACGCCGGGGGCCUCCCUGCGGUGCUGCUGGUGAUCCCCAAUGCGUGGGGGCGCCUCACACGCAACGUGCUCGGCCUCUGCCUGCUCGCGCUGGAGCGCGGCUACUACCCGGUCAUCUUCCACCGCCGCGGCCACCACGGCUGCCCGCUGGUCAGCCCCCGGCUGCAGCCUUUCGGGGACCCGUCCGAUCUCAAGGAGGCGGUCACUUACAUCCGCUUCCGACACCCGGCGGCCCCGCUCUUCGCGGUGAGCGAGGGCUCGGGCUCGGCGCUGCUGUUGUCCUACCUGGGCGAGUGCGGCUCCUCCAGCUACGUGACGGGGGCCGCCUGCAUCUCGCCGGUGCUGCGCUGCCGCGAGUGGUUCGAGGCCGGCCUGCCCUGGCCCUACGAGCGGGGCUUUCUGCUCCACCAGAAGAUCGCCCUCAGCAGGUAUGCCACGGCCCUGGAGGACACAGUGGAUACCCGCAAACUGUUCAGGAGCCGCUCCCUGCGAGAGUUUGAGGAGACCCUCUUCUGCCACACCAAGAGUUUCCCCAUCACCUGGGACACCUACUGGGACCACAACGACCCCCUUCGGGAUGUAGACGAGGCUGCCGUGCCUGUGCUGUGUAUCUGCAGCGCUGAUGACCCCGUGUGCGGGCCCCCAGACCACUUUCUGCCGACUGAGCUCUUUCACAGCAACCCCUACUUCUUCCUCCUGCUCAGUCGCCACGGAGGCCACUGUGGCUUCCUGCGCCGAGAGCCCUUGCCAGCCUGGAGCCACGAGGUCAUCUUGGAGUACUUCCGAGCCUUGACUGAGUUCUUCCGAACGGAAGAGAGGAUGAAAGGGCUGAGCAGGCGCAGAGCUUCGGUCCUAGGGGGCCGGCGACGGUGGGGAACCCUGCAGAGACGGGAGAUCUCUCCCUCUUCCAAUCUGGAGGAGAUCUUUAGCUGGAAACGCUCAUAUACAAGGUGAGACCUAGCCCGGGAACCCCCCAAGUUCUGUAAGGAAGAGCAGAGCUGGGCAUGGGAGAGUCGUCAGAAGUGAUGAGGACCGAAUGGGCAAGCAGCUCCAGCUCUUUGCCGCUGGUUCAGCCCCUUCUCUCUUAAACUGGUCUGUGGAAAGACAUGGAAGUUCCAGCAAGCUGGCGCCGCCUUUACCCUGAACGGUCCUGCCCAGACUCUGCUCAACACACUCCUGCUCAUCCUGGUCAGCAGCUGGGCAUUCCCAGUCACUGUCUCCUGUCACCAACCUCAUAAGCCAAAGAAUAGCAUCGUUUAAGUCCCUGGACUCAAGAGAAAAUGCUCUCUCACUAGCAAUGACUACAGAGAAGAUGAGUGUAUGUGUGUCACUGGGCAGCCCUGCCCCACAUAAAUAAUCAGCUCUGUGACCCUGAUUCUCAAGCUGGAGCCACUUAAUGUAGUGAGGGCAGGAUGUUUGUGUCUUGGUCCCGCUUCCCUCAUUUUGUCCUGUGGUUGUGGAGCUCUGCUGACGUCACGCGGCCGCAGCUCUGGAAGCGGGCUCACAGUGUUACACUUGUGAGUGUGAGAAAGGUGGCAGAGGCAGUAAGUGCUGUGCUGAAACUGGGUUGGUGAGGGCAACAAGGUUGAGGGUAUGAACGUCUGUGUCUGGGAUACUGAGGUCCGGUCUUUCAGACAAGUUCUGCAAGUCUUGGUUGGGAAAGGGGCCGAUCUGCGGCUUCAGCUGAAACCUCAAGCCUUCCUGGAGAGAUCCCCCAGAUGAUUUUGGGAAUGGGAAGUCCUCGCACGCAGGGUCUGCUGGACCAUGGCUCAAGGAGCCAGACUCUUGGGCACGCUAGCUGCUCCCUCCAGUACUUUUUUGGGAGAUUACUCCAGAAAGCCCUAGCCAGAGCCAUUUUCUCCUGAAAUGUGGGCUUUCUGUAAGUGGUGAAAAGUGUAAACCUCAUAUCUUAGGUGUCUUCUGGUUAGUUGCCCUGUUUUCUGACACUACUACUAGUCCCUCCCUCUCCAGAGCCUGCAGAGACAUCUGGGACCAGAGAAAACAAAAGUUCCAAGAGGUUGGCUAGAGCUGACACAGUGAUUUAUGAAUAUUUCACAUUUCUAUGCUUUUUCUGCUGAAUUAUUCAAAAAGCCAUCCAUGUAGAUGCAGAAAAAGCUUCUUGCUGGAUCUGGCCACUCAGUGACUGUUUGGUUUUAUGAGAAAUAAUGCUGAAGACCAGAGUUAAAUAAGGCAUUGUACAGAUUGAUCCACAUAUCCUGUUUUGGAUAAGGCCGUUACACAACAUAAUAGGACAUCCCGUUCCAUGUGCUGCUAAGAGCUUUGCCCUGAAAUUUUAUUUUAAUUUGUCAUCAAGAAAGAGGGCACCUGUGUUGACAGGAGGUUCUAUCCUGGCCUUACAAACAGCAAAGCAAUUUUAAAGAGGAGAGAUGUUUACCAAAAGUCAUGUCCUAAGGCUUGGUGUGAGGAAUUCCUGGGGCCGUGAUUUCAGGUUUGGAUAAUCUUAACCCAACCUCAUUCUUCUAGAUCAAACAAGAAGAAAGUCUGAACUAUCCGAGAAUCUAAAUGGAAAUGUAGCUAACACUCAGUUGUCUAAGGUACAUUAUCCUGUCAUGAAAAAAUUACCUCUCUCCUUCCCCACUUCUUGCUCCUCCUCAUCCACAUUCCUCAUCUAACAUCCUCUCACGGUUUCUGAGCAGUUGAAAUAACAAGGAACUGAAAUCUAAACAAGCUGUUCUACUGCUGGUUAACAGUCUUCUGUGUAAGGCCUGGUGAGGGAGAAUUACUGACAUCUGGCCACCGCCCUCCCCCAGGAUCUGGUACAGUGGGGAUUUCAGUUAAUGAGGGUCCCGCAGUCCCAUAUGCAGGACCCUAGGAUCAUUCAGAACUGACUGCAAAAUGGGAAGCAGCCAGUAGUUUUGAAUCACCCCUUGCUUACAGGCCCCUAAUGGCUAAAAUCUGGAUGGUUUCUCUAGGCCAGAUACCAUGGGACUCUGGUUCUUUAAGAUAAUAGCUUUUGGAGAAAUCAUGGUUGGUUUUCCCUUCCUUUUUUUUAAUAGGAAAGAACGCUUGCAGCGGGAGUGGGGUAGGGUGAAGAUAGGUAGAUUUUUUUCAGUUAUAAUCUUAAUGCCCUCAGAAUGGUAGAACAGCCCUAGUCCAGGCUUCAUUAAUUCCCUCGGACCCACAGCCCUAAUGACCUAAACCCUAAGGUAUUUCUCCUCUGUGCCCCUUGAGCCUGAUGUGCUCAUUAUAUCUCAGAAAGCUACUUCUGUCUCAUCUUCCCAUCACUGUUUGAUGGCAUCACGGCUUUUCAGUCCGUUUUUACCAAGAAAGUGCAGUUCCUGUUCAGACAGGUUUGGGUGACCCCAUCCUUGAGUCUAAUGAUGAAGGAAUCACCCAUACUGACUCUGCUUUGGUUAAUAGCUAAUUAUGUGAAACCAGCUGGAGGAAAACCACGCACACUAUUCUGAGAGAAUUGUGGCCCUUAAACAAAAUGACAAGUUAAGAGUUUGAGGAAGUAAGAAACAAACAAACAAAACCCAAAGAAGUACCAAAAAGUUGGAGUUUUCCAGACAGCCAGUCUAGUGAUCCUCUCAGGCCUCGUUCACUUACUUGCCUCCCUUUUCGUCUCUUCAUUAUUUAUAAACACCUUCAAAUAGUAAGAGGGAAAAAAACCGCUAAUGACUUAAAGGAGGCAUUAUCUCAGAGGUAGAGACUGAGUUCUCUGACUCCAGCCAUUGAUCAGAAUGCAGGAAGCAGACAACUGCCUCUGACGGUUUCUUUGAGUUCUGCUAAGUUCUGACCUCAGAUACCAAAGACUGCAAGGCUAUAACUUAAUUCUCUUAAAGGUUUAGUAUUUUAUGUAUUUAUAUCCACGGUGGCUUGGCUGGAGACGACAGUAAGAAAGGCAAGCACCGAAUCCUCACUUUGAGAAUCAUCUGAGCGAAUAUAUCCUUUCUAAGACUUGAGUACUGUUAGAAAAGAGCUCUUGACACAGGAAGUGUCAUCUUGGCUUUAUAUAGAACCUCAAAACCACCCCAGAGUCAGAAGUUCCUCUGUACUCAUCUUCACUUGAGACCACAAUAUCUUUUGUCAGUCAGUCACCCUUAGUUAUCUCAAGGUAUCUUCUGUUAGAAGUAAACUUUAGCAUGAAUUCCUCUCCCUGCUUAAACAAGUAGGUACCCUUGGCCACUUUAGUAGAACUUGCUAACAAUGCAAAUAAGGAGUAUUUGUGAUUCUAUGGCCAAACCACAAAGGAUGGCCUCAGAAAUUGUUUUCACUAGUUAUCACAAUUUGCAAAGACAAGAUUGAGAAGUUGUACCUAGGGAGUAUCCAAGUGCCCGGAAAUAGAAUGAGUGCCUCAGGAAGCAGGAAGUCCCACAUCAUCAUUGGGAUAUACAGGCUAGACUGCCACCUGGCACAGCUCAUGGAGCGGACAUGUGCCAAGAAAUAAGGGUGGCCCUGAUUUCAUAUAAGAUCUCUUCUCAUCUGAAAGUUGGUGAAUUGAAAUAAUGCUAAUGAGCUCCAUGUGUUGUAAAGACUUCUGGUUGCUCUGUGAGACUGAGGAUCAGGAGAUCACAGACCUGAUCCAGAUUCUGGGAGUUGGACAACAACAUAAAGAUUUUAAUGAAAAUAAUCCUAAAAUGACCAGAGGAUGUUUUUAAGAUAUCCAAUAAUUAUGCUCUAGUCUAAAGGGUCUGGGAAGAGCUAAAAGUUUGAAAGAAAAGUGGAUUUUCAUUAAAGCAAACAAUAAAAGACACUAACACAUCAAAAAUAAAUGUCUCCAGCCCCUCCAGCCUUCCUGUGUAAUACGGCAAUACCUUGCUCUAGUGUUUAUCCCUAGUGCGGCUGAACAAAAUUUCUCUCCAACUUGUUUGCCUCUGAAUAGUAAAUAAAUCGCAGUCUCCCUGCAA